CAUAACUAGUAAUUCAGACAAUAAAAUACAAGAAAGUUAAAUAAACACAAUUUACAUACCUCAUAGGAUAAACUGCCCUAGGAAAUAGAAGCCCACACACCGUCGCAAGGGGGAACGGAAGUAAACAACAGGUGAACCGGUGAACAGAAAUGGCCGCCCCACUGCCCAAGCCCCACUACUCGACCCCCUCCAACAACUACCUCUCCGGAGAUGGGAUGUCUCACGUGUUUGAGGGACCAGGGUACUACGUUCCCUCGGAGAGGGGGUGGACCAAGUACCAUGACUACAGAUCGUUGCCCAGGGAGACGAGGCGUGACGCAAUAGAUAUGCAGUCACAUGACCAAUGGGUGGCGUUUAUGCGGCAACGGGACACCCCCUCAGGCUAUUACCACAAGAACAUCGGUUUAAAGCAGUCUGGGAUUCCGGCUCUGAGGUUGGGGGGAUACACCAGAAACCUGCCCUCAAUGCCGCCCAAGGAUAUAUUCCAGGAUCCUUGGCCCAAGUGUGAUGCAUGGGUUCCGAUACAGCGAGAGGGGCGUGGUGAAUAUUAUGGCUAUUACCAUGAGGCAAUAGAGAGGGAACAAGAACGAAGGAAAAAGGAAUUUCCCACAAGCUGGAGGGUUGAACCCCGUGAUGUGCCUCAAAUCUAGUUAACUGAACAUUUUACAUUAAUGUAUAACAUUUCAAAAUAACUCCAUUGCUUGAAAAUUGGUAGCAUUUCAGAAACGAGGUUUCAUGACAACGAACUUUACAAUAAUUCAAAUUUUAAACAUUUACUUGGACAAUAAUACUAGCAUAUUGCUGUCAAAUAUUAGUAAAAGGUAUACACUACAGUGUAAAUUCUGGAAUGUGAACUGAAACUUCUUAUUUUGGGGUAAAAUUAAAUGUGCUAUUUAUUUUUUACAAUGUAUAUUUUUUCUUUCUUAUAAAUGUAUUUUGAUUCAUAAACAGUAUUAUUCUUUUAACAAAUUUCUUUUGGGAAUGUGUGACAUUCUGUUUUGUUUAUUUUCUGUCUCGUUAAAUACAUGUUGAACAUGGUAUAUAGCAUUCUUUACUGCCAAUUGGCUGAUGAUUUUAAUACAUUCUAGCUUUCUAUCCUAUAUCUUUAACACUUGUUUUUAUAUAGUUUUAUAUUUUACUGUUGCAGUAUUAUUUCACAAAUAAAGUUUUGAAUAAAGCACUCAAAUUCUA